GCCCGGCUCUGGGCGAGUUUGGCGCGUCCGGCUCCGGGGCGCGGGGCGCGGCCGCACCAUGGGGCACGGCAACUUGGAGCUGAUUUUUGACCGCGUGGGGCACUUUGGCAGGUACCAGAUAUUUCUCUAUUUCACAUGUGCCUUCCAGAACAUCUCUUGUGGCAUCCACUACUUGGCGUCUGUGUUUAUGACAGUGAUCCCCAGGUAUGCCUGCAGGCCCCCAGGCAAUGUGAGUCGCGUUCUUUUCCACAACGUCUCUGAUUGGAGGUUGGACAACAUCUGGAAGCUGUCUUCCUCGGGCCACGACGACCAAGUUGUAGUGCAGCUACAGGACGGUGAGAUCUGGGAGCUCAAAAGGUGUAACAGGUUCCGGAGAGAUAACUUGUCGAGUUUGGACUAUAAUUAUAAUGGCCAUAAAAGUCGCUUUCCUUGUUUGGAUGGCUACAUCUAUGACACGAGCAAAUGGGACAGCACCGUGGUGACUCAGUGGGAUCUGGUCUGUAACCGGGAAUGGUUUGCAAAGGUGAUCCAGCCUACGUUCAUGGUGGGCGUCCUGCUGGGAGCGCUCAUUUUUGGCUACCUUUCUGACAGGGUAGGAAGGCGACUUGUCUUGUGGUCCACAAGCAUUGGCAUGUACUUCUUCGGCAUAGCAGCGGCGUUCAGCUUGGACUAUUACAGCUUCAUGCUUGCACGCUUUCUUCUUGCUAUUGUUGCAAGUGGCUACCUGGUGGUGGUGUUUGUCUAUGUGACAGAAUUUAUCGGCAAGAAGGCUCGGACGUGGGCAUGCAUCCACGUGCAUUCCUUUUUUGCCAUUGGAACCAUGGUGGUGGCUUUGACGGGCUACUUGGUCAGGACCUGGUGGAUCUACCAGAUAAUCCUCUCAACAGUGACUGCCCCCUUCGUCUUGUUCUGCUGGAUGCUCCCAGAGACUCCUUUUUGGCUUCUUUCAGAGGGAAAAUAUGAAGAAGCACAAAUGGUGGUUGAUCAGAUGGCCAAGUGGAAUAGGGCAGGCACCGUUAAACUGUCAGAAAUUUUAUCCCCGGAUCUAUACAGUCCUGUGGAUAGAAUGUCUCCUUACAUUAAUAAGCACAGGCUCUUAGAUCUGUUUCGUGACUGUAAUAUUGGAAAAAGGACACUUAUUGUUUGGCUGAUUUGGUUCACGGGGUGUUUGGGAUUCUAUUCCUUCUCCUUGAAUUCUGUUAAUCUAGGAGGCAAUGUAUAUUUAAACCUCUUUCUCAUGGGUGCAGUGGAUAUUCCUGCCUACGUUUUGGUGUGCUUCGGGAUGGACAUUCUGGGGAGAAGGAAGGUUCUGGUCAUCUCCCUUAUUGCAAGCGCAGUUUUCUGUGGUGUGAUUAUGAUGAUUCCCCUGAGGAACUAUUUUUGGAUUAUGGUGACAACUAUGGCUGGAAAAUUUGCCGUAGGAGGCGCGUUUGGCCUCAUUUACCUUUACACAGCAGAACUGUAUCCAACCGUGAUAAGGACACAGGCCGUGGGAAGUGGCAGCAUGGUGUCCCGUGCGGGAAGCAUCAUAGCCCCGUUCUCCGUUAACCUCUCCAACAUUUGGAUCUUUAUGCCUCAGUUGCUUGUUGGGAGUUUGGCCUUUGUGAGUGGAAUACUAACACUCAAACUUCCAGAAACCCUCCGGAAGCCUCUGACAACUACUUGGGAGGAGACGACCAUACUGGAUGCAGAAAAAGAGAGCAGUUCAGGCAAACUGUUUCCCACAACCAGUGACACGGAUACUGGACAAACCAUAAGUGAUUAAUUCAGGGGAUUCUGGUUUGGUGAAUGACUGUGCUAUGCGUGCCGUCUAGCUCCUGAAAAAUUGUUUACUGCCUUUGUAUUAGAGAAAUAUUAUUCUCAUUUCCUGCAAAAAUUUUUGUAAGAAAGUUUUAAAACAGUGAUUUUGUAAAAGAAAUAAAAACUAAGAUGA